UUUAAUUUUCUACACAUUCCUCUUCUCUUCGUAUUCUUUUCUUUUCACCUCGGUUCCAACUUCCUCUCUCAAUCUCUUUAGUUUUCCCAGCCUUUUCUAGAAAUGGGUAGAUUUAAGAGCUUAGUAGAUUCGAUGAGGGGAUGGCAAAUUUUAGGACAACGUAUAGGAUAACUCCAAUGGCAGGCACUAGGUACUACAAAAAGGGACAAUGGCACACAGAUAGGAAAGAGGGAGAGGUAGUUAUCCCCAUAAUUGCCUUCAUAGAAGGCGGGAUGAGAAUCCCCAUGGGUGUUGUCACUAGAGACUACCUUAGAGCGCAUAGGUUAGCUCCUAUCCAAUGUGCCCCCAAUAUGUUCAGAAUAGUAGGGUGUAGAUGCCUUUAAUGAAAAAAUGGGUUUAGGGUUGACUCACCACGAUGUCAACUGGAUUUAUAACCUCCACCACCUCACUAGGCAGGGGUAUUACCUGAAGUCUAGGUACCUCAAGGUUAGGUUGAUCUAAUGCCUCCCUGACUCCAAUAAAGGUUUAAACAAAGACUUCUUGAUUAUAUCAGGGGACUGGCACGAUGGCCUCCCUUGUCCGACAAGGGAGGGCGAACCAGGUGGGACCUUAGGCUUAGAUUCGUAAUUUCAAAGUUGUUUCACUUUUCUUUUUCCUUGAUUUAUGUAGGUAUUUAAGGUUUCUUUUGACUUAUAUUUCGCUAAUGUUAUCUUCCUGGCUUUUUUGAUGAUCUCGCAGACCUACACUUUGUUGUCCCCAACUUCGGUCUCGUAAACCGGGAGAGUUUAGAUAAAAUCUUAAAGGCCGAGGUCUUCAUCCAUUCUGACAGUCAACUUAGAGCCGCUUACUUGAUAUUGGGCUACACCCCAAUUUCUAAGACUUUCCUAACGCCUAAGUGUGUUAUUAAGGCAAACGACCCGCGCCUACAAAGGAUCAGUGUAGCCGCACUAGGUUUCCUUCUUCCUGGUCCAAAACCAGAGGGUGUACAAGCCACAACUCCCAUCUUUGAAGGUAUACCAAAAGUGGAAGCCCCGUCACCACAACAAACAACCGAAGCAGCUACUUCGUCUCGCCCCAUUAACACAGAAGAGGAAGAAGUGGUAGAAGUAGUUGAUUCCGAGGAUGAAUUUGAAGUUUUCAACCAAGCCUUAUCCCCGGAAACUUCAGUCCCUGAUCUCGGCCCACCAUUCUCACCAAUAAUCGACAAGAUGGGUAUUUAGUGCAAACCAAAGUCCAGUCUGCUGGAUUUGAUAGAGUCCCAACCCGAGAGGGAUGCACUUGGGAAGGUGACUCAUACUAUGUCUCCCACUCCUCCACCUGCUUUGCCCUCCCAAACGGCCAACCUAAAGAGGAAAAGAGAGCAAAAAGGGAAGGAAGUGAUGGGAGCUGGACAAACCCUUCCCCCCUAUGAGGACAAGGUUCAAAGGGCAUCCAAACAAGCCAAAACGGGGCAGAAGGGCGCUGAGAAAAGAAACGACCCCCAGAUAGGGCCUUCGACCCGGCUCCCUACCCCAAUGCUAAACGGGGAACCUCUCCUUGCCAACGCCUCCAUCCACGAUUUCCAAGGAGGAACAGCCGGUUACGUUGUAGAUGCGGUGGAGCAGGCGUUGCUGCUCCCCGAGGAUAUGGCCGAGCUGCAAGGCAUGAGGAGACAUAAGGUCUUCCUUAGUCUUAAAAGAUACCUCGCCAUGGCUGUUCAGGCCUCCUUCUGGGUAGAGGAGAUGACCAAUUACUGCCAUAGGCAAAUGAAGGAAGAGGAAGGAAGGUGUAUCGCUACUGUGGAGGCCUUUCAAGUGGCCGAUAAAAGCCUCCAAGAGCAUAAGAAGAGGCUGCAGGAGGAGGAAAAAGAAAGAAAAUACGCGGCAGCCACUCUUGAAAAUGUUGAAAAGCAAGCCGAGAGCCAAAGGCUGCUGUUGCACAGUGCUGAGAACCAGCUAGCCUCCUCCAAGACCCAAAUUGUUGCGCUGAAAAAGAAAUUGGAAGAGCUUGAGAAGGCCAAGGCUCUAGCCGAGAAGGCUAAGGAUGAGGCAGAGAAAGCCAAAGACAAAGCAGACCAGCAUGGGUACGACGUUAGGGUGGUCGAGAUUGAGGACGCCCUUAGGGCCGAGGUCCCUGUUGUAUGUAGGACUUACUGUGCCCUGGUAUGGGAUGAAGCCCUCAACCAAGCUGGGGUUAAGGCUUCUUCUGUACUUAGGAAAGCAAAAAGUAUCUACUACCCCCCAACUAUACGCCUUCCAAGCUCUUCGGACUCCAAGGCUGGCCCAGUGUCCUCGGAGGCUGGUGAAAUUCAGGGCAUCCCAUCCAAAGCUCCUCCUACAACUAACACUUUCUCAAAGGGGGCAGAGCUGGCCGAGGACACCACAGGAUUAGGGGAUGCCAACAAAGAAACAGUCCAAGGCACUGAACUGCCUUUAUUUGUUCCAAAGGAUCUCUCCUAGGAAAAAGGAACUUCUUAGAGUAUGGAGUUGGUGUUGGCAACUCUUGCCAUACCCCCAAAAGAGGAUCCCAAGGACAAGGCCCAUGAGUCUACCAUGGCAGAAGAUACCUAAUUUCCGACGAAUGCGAAAGAAAAACUUGUAAUAAAAAAUAGGUUGCCCUUUUUUCUUUCUUUUUUUCUUUUAAUUUGUAAGCAACUUGCUUUUUUUGUACUUGAUAUGCCUUAUUUUAAGGCUUUUAUCAAUGAAAUUUAUAGGUAUUUUCUUUCUC